AUGUAUAAUCUACGCAAAAAAACUCCAAUAAAUGGCCAAGUAAUAAAAAAGGUUGACGUAAAAAUCCCACCAAAUUUACGUCAAAUCUUUGAAGUGAUAACAAAUCAGGUGCUAUAUCAAAGAAUAAUUCCUGAACUUAACCGACGAGUGACAGAAUAUCAGGAAUGGAUUUUUGAGGAAGAAAAAAAAGCGGAACAAAUUUUAAGAGACAGUGGAUAUGUGUUACCGCGAAAACGAACACAGAAUAAUCAUUUGCAAAAUGAUUUCAUAAAUCUACUUGGAAUGAUUGAUGAAAAUGAAAAAUGCUACGCGAUUAAUAGCAUGACGAAGCGAAAGGUACAGUUUCGGUCAAAUCCAUCACGACAUUGGGGGACGAAUUCAUCGUCAUCCAAUAAUGACUGUAAUAAUCUAUCGCUUCUACCAGCUAUAGUAGCAAAAGGUGUACGUAAUUUUUGUGUUAAACGAAUAACCAAUGCAGUUUGCAGAAAGAAAGAAAUAGUGAAAGCAGUAGUCGAAAAGACCCGAAAAUUUCGAGAAGAUAGCCAAAGUCGAGUGAAGCAACAUAAGAAGCAACUUGAAAAGGAAGAUGAAGAACGACGAAAGCAUUCAUUGAUCAAAAUUAAACAACAGGCUGUUAACGCAGCUGCAAAUAGAGAGCGUAAACGUCAUAAACUUUCUGUCACGCCUAUUGCUAAACGUACUCGAAGCGCUCAUAACGCAACUCCAAUCGCUGAGCGACUACGUAGCAAAACAAAAGAAACGGAACCUUCAAAACAAGAAAAUGGACAAAUAGUACCAAUAAAUAUUAUGCUACAGCACCGAGGGCGAAUUAAAAUGAAGAAGAAGACGGAAAAGAAGGAAGCAAUUCAUUAUGAUACUAUGAAUCGUUCAACUUCUCCAAUGGAGACUAGUGUUAAUCAAAUUGCUUGUAUUAAAUCUGAUUUGGAAACAACUAUAUUAUCUGAAUUAAAAACUGCCAUUUCUGAAGAAUCCAAUAUCGAAGCAACAUUGUCAUCUAAAUUUGAUUCCAAUGUGUUAAAAAUAAAAGAUUCAUCGAAGACAGAAACUGCAAUUCUGGAUUCUGACAAGGAUAUGGAGCAAAACCAUACAGGUAUUGAAUUCGCAGAUGUUCUGAAAUCAUGUCAUGCGUCACAAUUGUCUACGUCAGAAAAUUCUUCAAAACAAAACGAUGAUGCUAAUAUUCAUCAACCUGACAACUCGUUAUCAAUGAGUUUAACAUCCAACAACACCGCAUCAAUUUUGGAACGCACUCGUCCCGGUAAUAAAAGUAUUGAUUUUCCGAAAAGAUCCACGUGUGUGAUUCAUCGCGGCGAAAUGCAUGAAGUUGAUGACGUUAAUGUGAUCCAUAAAGGUACAAAACGAUCGACAUAUUUAAUUCGUGAUCUGAAAUAUGAGAGAAACAUUACUAGUGACGAUUUCCGUGUAAUGUCAAUGGAUAUGAGGUCAUCAUCCUCACAUCAAUCCAAGACAAUAAUGGUGCAUGCAACAGACGGUGAUGUCAUAAAGGGUGCAGGAGAGAAACGCGGAAAAGUGACCAGUACAAGAUUUCCAGGCCGACAAACAUUAGAGAAAUUGGUAGAGCAAGAAUUAGCCAGAAUACGUCAUUCAGAGGAUGCUGACAAGAGAAUUGAAGAGGAAGAAACAGAUUAUGAAAUUUACGAUUUGUUAUCAAAUGAUGAAACUGAUUCCAAUGAAAAGUCGUGCAAGAAGAUUCCAUCUUGGGCUAAUGAAGAGAAUGUACGACAGAUUCUUGAGAAACAACAAAUAUGGUCUCAAACUAAUAUCGAUUCUUUAUUUGGUAAAAUUCACCCACCUGAUAUGCAAAAAAUGUUUGGUGAUGCGCUCAAAAUACGAUCAGCAACACGUAGUUCAUCAGCUAUGUGGGAAUCACCCAUUUGGAAUCCACGUGUAGGUUAUAGCGCCUAUCAUUUUACAUUUCAACAAACCGAAAACCAAGAAUGUAAUAAUGUUCGUCGAUCUCAACGUGUGAAGAAACCUGUCUCAUAUCUUCCGUUUUUCUGA